UUGAAGCUGGCCGUGCGCGCGGAAUCCGGAUGUGAUGAAAAAAGAAGAAGAAAAAAAAGUUUCGAUUCGAAUUUUCUUCAACUAACUCACGACUCCGAAUCGACUCAGAGCAGUGCAGCUCACUGGAAAUGUUUGUUUUAACGGAGUUUUCGUUUAUCCUGAAAAGAUCCUGAGCUGUUUUCUAUCUAUUUUUUGAACGGGGGAUGAGAUUUAUUUUGUCACAGGAUGAUAAACAGGAGGCACCGUUGAAAUGAAGCGGUGGAGUUUAAAACGUGUUUAAAAGGGUUGACGGCUGAUACAAAAGGGUGGCUUGUGUAUUUGUUUCGGGUGUGUUCAGUAUCUCAACAAGAGGUCUGGCUCAUGUCCGCGGAGACAGUGUUACCUCCGGAGGGGCCUGUAGGUCCGGACAAGCAACAGCAUGAGACGAGUCUUCUGCUGGCUAACUCCCAAGACACAUGCCAAACUGAUGCCAAAGGAUUGUCUGAUACCACAGAAAAGAGCACAAAUCCAUCUCCCAGAGACCGCUGUAUUGAUGUGCAGGAGGACAUGAGCACAGAGAGCCCUGCUCAUGGUGACCCUAUAAGAACCCAGCCUCAGCCCAGUGAUGGAGAGGCCACACGGCUGCACAAUGGCCUCCACCCAGGCAUGAGCAAUGGCCAUAGGACUCCACCAGGAGCCACACAGCCUGCAGCCCCUUCUGCCUCCUUUUCUGAGAUGAGGAAACCACCACCUCCUGUGUCUCAGCGUGUGCAGAAAAAACUGCGCUCUAGCCUGUCCGUCAACAGUGACAGCAGCAGGAGGAGCAAAGGCAGUUCCACAGGCUCCCACAAACCUGGCUCCUCUCCAGAAGACUGUUGUGUGCACUGCAUCCUAGCCUGCCUGUUCUGCGAGUUUCUCAACCUGUGCAACAUGGUGGUGGCUCAGGCAUCAUGCGGCGCCUGCACAUCAGAGGCUUGCUGCUGCUGCUGCUGUGCAGACGACCUGGGAGACGACUGUAACUGCCCCUGUGACAUGGACUGUGGCAUUAUGGAUGCCUGCUGCGAGUCCUCUGACUGUCUCGAGAUCUGCAUGGAGUGCUGUGGCAUCUGCUUCCCCACAUAAAAGCUCUGUUUGCCAGUAGGUAUCACAUGGAGACAGAGACAUUCCUGUGUGUGAAAGUACAUGUGCCUGUAUGUAUGUAUCGUGUUCUUGAAAGUAUGCAUGCAUGUACACACUCUUACAUGAAAGAUACAAGUCUGGCCUCCAUCCAGCUGAGCAAACAGAUGCUUCAUCAGUUUAAACAGAUUAUACAUGUUCUGUUUUUUUUUGUUUGUUUUUUGUGUAUAUAUAAAGUUUAAAGUAAAAUCAUGACUGUCAGUUACUACAUUAUCUCUAACUAAGACAUACUUAUUUUGCUCCAGAAUUGUUGAAAACUUUAAAAAAAACAUAGGCAAAUCUUACUUUCUGAGAUAAUUAUUACACCCAGCGAUUUAAAAUGAAUUGUAGAAACUGCUUACACUACUUUAACCAGUGUACCUUUGACAAGCACACUGUUCAAGAUUGAAUUCAAGCUUAUAACACAUUCCAGUGCAGAAUUUGAGAGCGUGAUCGUGAUUAUUGCAUGAAGAGUCAUGUGUCUUUCUCAGAUGACAUGUUUUUGGUGAAGGGAAAAAAGGGAACUGUAUUCAAGGAAAAGAGAACAAUCCCAUAGUAAAAUAUGUUAUGACUUUUACUAAACUCUAGGAUAUUAACGUCCAAAUCAGCACUGAAGAUUAUUGCUAUCUGAUCGCACAUUUGACCGCUGUUGAAAAUCUUUUUGUCUGAAUUAAAAAAGGAAAGUCCACAUGCGCAAACCUGGGAAUAUAAAGGUUUCAACAACUUUAAUAGGCUUUAGAGAAAGAUGCUCUGUGCUGUAAUUUUCUUUGUAGUAGGCUUUACCAAAAAUAUUUAUUUCAUACCAAAUAAUUGCUUUUUAUUAAAGCUGAAAAGAAUUCCCAUAUGAGAGGGAGAGAGAGAGAUAUAGAUAUAGAUCUAUAGAUGUAUAGAUAUAGAUAUAUAGCCGGAGAAUCCCAUUCACUGCAUGUGUCAUUCAGAAUAUAUUUAUAUUUGCUCAUGUUCAUAAAUCAUGUCAAUAAUUCUGGAGAUGUCCUUUCUUGACAAGGUCCAACAGUGGUGUUUCGUGUCUUACCUACUAGUUUAACUCAGUUUAAACCAUGAUUUUAUAUUUCUUGUGUUACUCUAGAUCACAUUAGAGUAGGCUUCUAACUACUAUGCUCUAAAUCAACACUGUAAUUUCCACAGAUUCACGUCUCUUUUAUAUAUGGCAGAGGGCAAGGCUCUGCACAUGUUUCAUGGGUAUUUCUGUCUGUUUGGAAAGCUUUCUUAAAGCAUUGUCUACUGUAUCUUGAUUCAUUACAGGUCUAUACUUUUGAGUGUGAUGGAAAGACGUUAGGAAGGAAUAAUGAACGAUGAUUCAAUUGUGGAGGAAAUAAAUGUACUGUAGAUAGUUCUUUGUACUUAACAACAUCAAAUCCUGUUCAUACUCAAUUUCUCUUUAUUUCACUCAGUCUCGAACUUCACUACAAUCUAAACUUUCUUUUUAACUCCUGUUAAUGUAAAUGCAUAGUAGAUUCUUGUCUUAAAUACUGGACAUAUUAUUCAAAACAAUAAACAUUCCUGAACCAGCGUUUUUGAGGUUGGUUGUACAUGUAGUCAUUAAUCUAGAUGAAAUGAUUGAAUUGAUUUUAUAUGAACAGUUACAUUUUAUAGUCCUAAUGGCCCUUAUUUAUUAUCGUUGCUUACAGUGUUCAGACUCGCGUCUAAUCAGAGUGUGUGGGGAAAAUAUUUGAACAUUCCACUUUACCAAUGUUUGGUUUGUAGUUAAAUCAUCAAUUAAAAUAUUAUUAUAAUGAAGAUUAUCAUCAAUAAUUCUAUUUAAUAAGUAGAAUGGUAUAAGUAGUAACAAAAAAAAAAUCAAAUCAGAAUUGCGAUUAUGGGAUCCUUGUACACUAAUAGAGGUAAUAGGUUUUAGUAUCGCUACACGUAUGAAACUGAUUUAUCAUUUGUGCUCUUUUUGAUAUUGUUCAUUAUUUCCCUGGAUCUGACAAAAUUCCAUUCAACAAUCUUUAUACUCUCAUCUGUGCUCAUUUCUUUUUAACUUUGAUGGAUAAGGGCUAUUCCUUUGUGUUGAUAUGUUUUGGUACGGCUUUUUUUUACGGUGUUUUUGUGAAAACUGACUCAUCUCUUCAAUGUAAAAGACAUACUUGCUUAACUGCACUUUUCCAAGAGGGAUAUGAUUGGAAUUAGUAAAUAGCAACGUUGGAUGCACUAAACUGCUUUUUUUAAUCUCAAGACUCUCAGAGCACAAGCAAAACUAUUUUUUUUAUAUAUGUAUAUAUUUUAGCUCUGAGCCACUGCAGGGUAAAUGUGUGUGUUUGGUGUACGACAAUUUGGUAAAUACAUUUUGUAGACUGAUUAUUAACCCUAAAUGUACCAGUAGUUUGUUUGGUGUAUGAAAUGCUUGAAAUAACAGGGCACUUCUUCAGCAAACUGUAUCUGUACUUGUGUUGUUUUUUUUGUUUGUUUAAUUCUUUAAAAAAAAACAAAAACUAAUAAACCCAUUUUUAUGUUUUAAGUGCCAAAUUUAUUAAAUAUGACAAAAUGUGAAUAAUUUUUUUUAGCUUUUGCAUAUUUAUCCUUUGGCAUUUGGUAUGUACAAGCAGGGUCCAGUUUUCCAGAAACGUUAUAAUGUCACGUUUUAACCUUAUGUAUGUUAUGUUUUCUUUAUUAGAUUCUUCAGUGAUAUUGUUUGUCAGCAUUUAUUGUACUGCAUUCUUUUGGAAAUCAUUUUAUUUGAUCUUUCUCUUCCUGUAGUCAUCUUAACUGCAACUUUUUUUUGUCAUACAAUAUAAGACGCUUCGCUUGCUUUUGACACACUAGACACUAUCUUUUUAUUUGUUUAAAAAUGUUUUGUUUAACAAAAAUAUGUUUUGUUUGAUCUUUUUUUUUUUUUUUUUUAAAUAAUAAAACUGUAUUUGAGCCCCAA